CGUUAUUGCAACAAGUUUUAAUUUCUCUCAAAAUUCGUACUCAGACCCUUUCACAAUUAGUAAAUGGAUCUUACCAUCAAUCUCUUAAUAAUAUUGUUAACUUUUGUAUUCUCUACAAUUCAACCAGUUUGGUCACAAUUCCAUUUUGUAGGUGAAGGAUGUAGAGAUGAAAUCGGUAACUACACAACCGACAGCACAUAUCAAACCAACCUGAAUCUCCUCUUUUCCAAUUUCAAUAACCAAUCCUCCUUUUCUCACUACAACAAUUACACAAUCGGCCAAGGUAUUGAUCAAACAUACGGAUUAUUCAUGUGUCGACCCGAUCAAACCAACCAACAAUGUCAUAAUUGCGUAAGCAGAGCCACCACUGAAAUCCUUGCAUUAUGCCCUGUUCAAAAAGAGGCAAUUAUUUGGUACUUUGAGUGUGUCGUUAGGUAUUCAAAUCACUCCAUAUUCUCUCGUUACGAAGUAUAUACGCCGCAUGUUUUUCGCUUGAGUGCCGGAAAUUUCUCAGAUCCGGAAAAGUUUGGCCGGAUAUUUUCAGAAACGGUGAGUGAAGUGAUUUCGAAGGCGGCUUACAAUACGAGUAAUCGAGGUUUUGCUGCUGUGGAAGCGAAUGUUACGGUGCUGGAGACACUGUAUGUAGCGGUGCAAUGCACUCCUGAUAUUAUUGGGAAUCAAUGUGAGAGAUGCUUAAGAGUUGCGUUAAGCUAUAUGCAAAGAUGUUGUGGUAUAUCGAGGGAAUUUGUAGAUAUGUUCUUGACUAGUUGCUGGCUUCGAUAUGGCCAAGCACCUAUAGUUGGGGACGUUAAUGGCAGUUCAUCUGUUUCUCCAUCAUCUCCGAUUUCGCUAAUUUCGCCGAUUUCUCCGAUUGGUUUUAGUCCGCCUCCUAUAUUACAACCAUCACCAGGGAGUUCAAGUACUGGAAUCACAAUUACACCUGGUAGCAUGAGCUUCAUAUUUGAGGUUAUAUUGAUGAUAAGCAUGUUAUCUAUUAUGGAUUUGUAAAAAUAAAAUGUAUCACAAAUAAAGUCGAAUAAAAUAUUAAUUAAUGAUUACUUCUAUGUAGCAGUAAUAAUUUUAAUUAAUUUUAAAUGUAAUUUCAAGUUCAA